AUGGUGCAUACAGAGAUACUAGAGACACCCUCCAUCAAGGCCGACCAAGCGGUCUGGACAUCCUACGGCUCUGCUACGAUCAAUAAACCCGCUGACACGGUAUGGCGCGCCAUCCGAGACUUCCGAUCCUGGAAAGUAUGGAACGAGUACACACCGGAAGUCACGACCAAGACCGGCACCAAUGAGGUCGCCGUGGGUGACCAAGUCACCGUCCACUACAGACCAGAACCCACAGGAACCAUUUCUCAGAUUCCGUGCACCGCGAUGACUGUAUCCGACGCCGAGAGGACUCUGUGCUGGCGAGGAGAGCCUUUUGGUGUGCCGGCUUGGCUGCUGUUGCCGGAGAAGGUGCAGCGGGUUACGCCGAAGGGUGACGACAGUUGUCUAUAUGAGAUUUUUGAGACGCAGAGCGGGCCAAUGAGUUAUUUGGUCAAGUGGGGGAUGGGGGCUAAGCAGUCGGCGAUGAACCAGGGGAUAGCGGAUGCGUUGAGGAGGUACGCGGAGGGAGAGUCUGGAAAUAAGUAA